AUGUCCAAAUCGAAUGACACAGCGAUGACGUUGGACUCAGACCCUACCUCAAACCCAAUAAAUUCAUCCCAGACCGCGGCCGGAAAGGAUUCAGCAGGAGGCGGCGGGUCUUCGGACGAUCCAAACACCAUCUCCUACGCAGUCGCUAUCUACCCCCACGUAGGCGAUUCAGACGAUGAAGCUCCAUACGUCGCCGUUGGCGAUGCAUUCAUCAUUCUAUCCCGAACCGAAGGAUGGUGGAUCGUCCAAGAGGAUCCUACGGGCACAGGCAUUGUCGACACAAGUGGUAACGCCAAAACGGGACGUGUACCCGACUUUUGUCUGCUUGAAACGAGGAUACCCAUAGCUACCGCCAUCGCCGAUGCUGAGGCUGCGAGCACGGUUGAACCUGGACACGAUGAUGGCAAGAGCCCCAUCUUGCCGUUGAGCUUCAUCUCGCCCAGCUCGCCCGGGAUAGCAUUGGUAGAUUACAGGAAGCAGGGUGAGGAGGAAGUCGAUAUGGCCAAAGGCGAGUUCGCCCGGGUGUUCAAGGAGUAUAACGAUUGGUACUAUACUAUGUAUAUCGUCAAGGAAGCGGGCGGACACCGUGGAUGGGUGCCUACUUCGUCCGUCAAGAAAACUGCUUAG